CUGUCGAUAAAAAAAUCUGGUCCGCGAUUAAGUCAGAUGGUCCGUGCACAGACAAGGUUGUGGUCUGGGAAGUCGCGGACGAGCUAAUAGUGGGUCUUGGCUCGGUUUUUGGCACUUGCAAGAAACUUUACGUCGGGUCAGAAAGCGCAGGCGGGCGCAUGCACGAUUUUGAAAGGGAUAUUGGGUAUUCAAAUUUUGGAUUCAAGUUUGGGUUGUUGGAAAGAUUCCAAUCUUUCGGUUAAAACAAAAGCCGCUUGCAAUCUCUCGUCCAGUUCCAUACAACGCAUGGAUGUUCUGACCUGAAUUGCCGCCUCUGGUUCUUUUCUGCCUCAUGUCAAAAGUGGCAGGUAUACAAACCAGGCCGUCCGUCCUUUUGGAGAGAAUCGCUACAACAUGGAUAAUUCUGUGGCCCGUGAGGCCUACCCCGGCCUGCAUGAGCCCAAGUUCAACCCGCGCAAUGCUGUGAACUGGAUCGAGCAGAAACCAGCACCCAAUCAAGUCUCGUAUGCAUGUGAUCUCUUCGGACAAUUACUUCAACCCGCCUCGAAGCCGAAGCAAACAUCUGGUCAUGCUUGCGUCAAGCUCUGUGGAUUUGUUGAGCAAUGCUCCAAGUCGGAAUCUUCUGUAAUUCGAAGGUAUGCUUUCGCCCAAGAUACUGCUCACAACCUCCUCAAUAUCUACGUGGAAUGGAACGAGCAGGACCAACACAGGUCUAUGCGACUCAUACUCGAUUUUCUUAAGACCUCUAUUCUGAAGAACAUAGACCCCCAAGUCGGCCACGCUAUCAAGGACAUGAUCCUCACAGAUGUUGUUUCUUUCAUCACACUGGAAUCCACCAAGCCAAGUGUGAAAUCCGCCAUGACAGCUCUAGACUAUUUCCUGCAGAAAGACGUUUUCUACCUGAAUGACGUUAUUGCUACUUUUCAACACGUUCACCGUAUCUCCGAGGAACGUCUGCAGAGCUGGACUAGAUUCAUUUCAAAAGUGUUUGAAUGGAUGGAAAUGAAGAAUAUUUGCCCCAUAGCCGGCAAGUUGUUAGCAACCAUCUUCUCAGGGCCCUGGGACGAGAGCAAAAACGUUAGGUUCCUCCCAGACUCUUGGCAUAGCUUCCUAUGUGCAGGGUUGGAUGCCGAUAUUAGUCUUCUUGAGCCAAUCCAGCUCUAUACUCUGAUACCACUGUUCACGUCAGACAAGGAACAAAUGCUCAAAUAUAUUGAAUAUUUGUUCUCGAUACAAAUUUCGAGCGAGGUUAAAGCUAGUCUUAGUAUCACUCAAAUGAUAUGGCUUUCGGCUCUAGAGGCAGGAAAGAAAGUCGGGUUUGUGGGGGAACCAUCGACCGGCUCUGAGCAAAGUGCACAGACAGAUGGAGUCGUGCGUCUAGAAAGAAACGUGCUGGAAGAUCUCCUGUCUCACAGUUCUCAGGAGGCUCGGGCAUCUGCUGUUUCGAUACUGAUUGCGUCUCCAUCGACCUCAAAGCCGUACAGCAGAGCUUCUUUAGAGUUGUUGCAACAGUUUCUUCCGGCAUUUCACGCUGAUGGCGAUGCAAAGUUCAGGUAUGACGUUUUAGGCUAUUCAAGAAACAUGAUAUCCAGGAUCAUUGGCGCAAUUGGAGGAAUUACGAAGGACCUGGAUCGUAAGAUGAAGAAGAACAAGAAGAACGAUGCAAGCAGUUCAGAGAGCGUUGAGAUUGCCGCAUUCCGGGACCUUCUUUCGCUACACACCAGCUUUCUCCAGUGGUACUUCGACUUUCUCAAAAGCGAGCUAAUCCCGACUGCUUCGUACCAGAGACACAUUACAUCGCUUAAAGCAAUGGUAUAUGUCUUAAAAUCCGACCUUCGUAGUAUCACGAACAAGACAGGCCAGACACUAUCUCUUACCGAUUAUGCAUGGCUAAGAGCCGUUCUUGACCUGUUAAUGGAUCCAUUCGACGACGUGAGAGAAACUGCAGCAAGUCUAUUGGUGUUGUUAUCUUCUAGUGGUGCCGAUAAUGAAGUGUUUGCACACUCACAACAUAUGCUACAAGAACUUGAAGAGUUCUGCACAAGAGCUGAAAAACUUGCCAGCAGAACUGCUCGUGCUGAUCAUUCAGAUGGAGUUGCAAGAUCUUACGAAGUAUUGUGUCGGUGGCUAUCAUCUAGAGACGACAAACUCACGAUCCCUGCUCGGAUACUGGCUGAUAUCGAAAACAAGUUGUCUGCAGCUGAAUCGAACCUAGCGGAAGCUGUUUUACAGGCACCCAUACAUGGCGCUUUCGCUGCUCUUCGAUAUGUUUGGUUGUCGCUAUCCACUAUCACGUAUAGUCCAGAAGAACUUCAGAAUUUGGAGUCGUUACAAUCACACGCGAUCGGAUGUUGUCAGAGAAUUUGGCACGCCGUGAGGCUGGUACUUUGCGAUGAUUCACCCGAAGGCCACCUGCCAGAGGAGCUUGAAGAAGUGGAUGAGCUCGACACGAAAGAUUUGCUAAGCUACAGUUUCCGCGCUGUCCACGAAUCAAGUCAUCUCCUGCGAGUUAUUGCCAGUACAGUGAGGUCCUCGAAGGCAGGGUUCAUCCACCCUUCCUAUGACGAGUUUGAGGCCAUUGGCAAUUUGACUUUCGACCAACUAUCCAACCUGAGGCAUAGAGGUGCAUUUACCACUGUAUCGCAGACUUUUACCAGUUGCUGUCAAUUGGUAAAAUAUGCUGCCGCAUCAUCGUGCCGGGACAGCGAGCUUCUCAAUGUUUGGUAUGAGGGAGCUCUUUCGUGUAUUUACUCUCAAACAUCAACGACAAGAAGAUCUGCAGGAAUUCCUGCUCUUGUUGUUGGCAUCCUAUCAUCGAGCGCUGAGCAACCCUCUUUUCACGACGUCAUGCAGAAACUACAGGAAAUUGCGAAGCAGCCUGCUAGUAUAACCGAAACGGACGGUUCCAAUGUACCGCAAGUUCAUGCAACAAACUGUAUUAAGGAUAUUUUCAAAAGUUCUAUGCUAAGCAAGCGUGCUGAGCCGUAUCUCACGGAUUGCCUACAAUUGGCGGCAAACAGUCUCAAGUCUGAAGUUUGGGCUAUCCGCAAUUGUGGUUUGAUCCUCCUAAGGAGUCUUAUCGACACUCUGUUCGGGACCAGUGAGAGCAAAACGUCAAUGGAGGCGGGUUGGGAUGGCCGAACUACGAGACUAGCAUGGCACAAGUAUGAUUCUCUUCCCUUGCUUCUAGUAAACCUCCUCAAAUCGGGACAGACCACUCAGGAUGUGUCGAAGGGUAUGGUAAGAGCCGAAUCUGUGUUCCCUGCUUUGGACAUCAUUCGCAGAGCUGGACCACCGCAAGAAUUCAAGAGCGAGCUAUACGGUGUUGUUGCCUGGUACCUCGGAAGUCCCAUUUGGCACGUACGAGAAAUUGCAGCCCGCACACUUUGUUCAUUCUUGCUCCAGGCAGACUGGUUGGGGCGCAUCAGGACGCUCCUUCAAAAGUCCUACUCCUCAGCUAACAAAAUCCAUGGAGCACUCCUGACGCUCAAGUUCUUGCUUGAACGGCUGCUUGAAGCCAUGCCUGACAAACUAUUUAGUUACUAUCCUGAUGUUUUAUUUGAGCUUCUUGAGGAAAUUUCACAGGCAUCUUGCAGCUUCCAGGCUUGUUCCGAGGCACGUGCUGUGUAUUUUGAAAUCAUUGGCUUUCUAAACGCACUGAAGAGUAAAGAGAGGCUCUCCUCUAGUACUAGAGAAGUCGAUUUGCUUGAGCUUGAUUAUACUCCUCCAUCCUCAACUAGAGAUCGCAAGGCUGUCCCUUCGGCGCUAGAAGAAUCCAAAGAAGCACAAGCCUGUACCAUUUCCGACAUGGAACGACUACUCUUCUCGGGGCAACCAGCAACUAACCUAAAUAUAAAACCAUUGUUUUCUAGUGAUACAAACGUUGCCUGCGACGCACUACAGACCAUUCUCGCAUACACUGACAGCGAGAAGAAGGUCCUGUUCGGCACCAUCGGGACAGCUCAGAUAUUAGAGAUCUGCUUGACGACGCUUCGUAACACGGACGCGCCUGAGCCACGCACAGUUGCCCUGAAGAUUCUCGCUUCGCAGUUCGACGGAAUAUUCAAGCAUGGCACACGCGAAUUGCUACCGUCCGUGGACGAGCUUAGAUUGUUAUGGACCAAACUGCAAAGUCAACCCAUGAAUCCAUGCUUGGCAGAUGCCAUCAUUCGUGCCAGCGGACCAGUUAUGAAGGCAAUCUCAACACAAAUCCAAGAGGAAUCAGAUCGGAGUUUAGAUCAAUGGUUUAGACCAUGGGGUGAAAUGAUGAGAAAUGCUGGGUCAGAUGACAAGGGCUUCGAUACGCGUAUGGCUGGAAUUCGCGCGAUUGUGUCAUUUACGUCACAUGGCGGGCCACCAAACUCGUCUCUUGCCAACCUACCAUGGCUCCUAGCGCUCUACGACUAUCUCAACGACGACGACGACGAAAUCCGUGAGAUCGCGACCACCGGGACAAUCCCAAUUCUCGGUAAACCGCUCGCCUCUAUCGAAUCAAGCGUACGACUUCUCUCUUGGCUCGCAGAGCGAUUCGGCGACGCCGAUGAGUUCCGCACGCAUGUAGCGUCUCGCAUGAUCGGUCAUGUAGCCAUGACCCCCCAAAUGAGAAGUGCGGCUCUAAGCGGUUGGACACCAGCCGCCGCCCAACUCACCAAGGCGCUGCAGUUUGACGGCUCGCUCUUUGCAGUUGAGGAGCAUAAUUUGUAUGUCGACGAAGUCCGUGAGACGCUACGCUGGAAGACUGUAUUUGAUACACUCUCAUAUACCGGGGAUAACAAGGUGGUGACGGCUUUGGCCGAUUGGACGAUCGCUGGUUUACGGGACUUGGUGAAACAUGCUUCUGGUGAUGACGGGGUCUUGGGGUGGACGUCGAAACCUGCGGUCUUCGCAUUAUGUUCGCGGGUUGUGGUGACUGCUGUCGCCUUGUCGAAGAAGGGCAACGAGGAGGUCAAAAAUGAACUAGAGAGAUUUGUGGACUUGGGAAGGCAACACAGACUCCAUGGUCUCUUGCUGGAGUUGUGUGAGGCCAGGUGAUACGUCGCCAGUUCCUUGAAAAGUCAUGUUUCUAGGUAGUUAAUGAAGUUGGAUAUAGACAGUUUUAUGAUUCCUUCUAACUAGACCACUACUAUUCGGCAUUGUGGUGACCUCCAGGUCUACUUUGCUGCUAUUCAUCAGGGAAUAGGCUGCGUGUAUGUGUAAUGGAC